AUGGAAAAAAACCUCUCCAAAUUCCACUCUCACAAUGAUUUCCUCCUGGCUAUCCUUACCCGAUGCCAAAUCUUGGUUUCUGCACCAGAAGGUGCUGGAUCUCUGCCAUGGCCAGGUGGCUCUGCAACUAAACCUGGAAAGCCCAAAGGAAAGAAAAAGAUUUCUUCAGUUCGACAGAAGUUUGAUCACCGGUUCCAGCCUCAGAAUCCAUUGUCUGGAGCCCAGCAGUUUGUGGCAAAGGAUCCUCAGGAGGAUGAUGAUUUGAAGCUGUGUUCCCAUACCAUGAUGCUUCCUACACGUGGCCAGUUAGAAGGAAGGAUGAUUGUAACCGCGUAUGAGCAUGGGCUAGACAACGUCACGGAGGAAGCGGUGACAGCUGUUGUUUACGCUGUGGAGAACCAUCUUAAGGACAUUCUGACAUCUGUAAUAUCCAGGAGAAAAGCCUAUCGUCUGAGAGAUGGCCAUUUCAAAUAUGCCUUUGGAAGCAAUGUUAACCCUCAGCCAUAUCUGAAAAACAGUGUUGUUGCCUAUAAUAAUUUAAUUGAAUGCCCUCCUACCUGUGUGGCACCUUCUGCUGGUCAGAGUCUAGCUCCCCAGCCCCCACCUGAUGAUGCUGAGCAGCAAGCAGCUCUACUAUUAGCAUGCUCUGGAGACACCUUACCAGCUUCUCUUCCUCCAGUGAACAUGUAUGACCUUUUUGAGGCGUUGCAGGUGCACAAAGAAGUUAUUCCUGCACACACUGUCUACGCUCUAAACAUUGAGAGAAUUGUCAUGAAACUCUGGCAUCCAAACCAUGAGGAGCUACAGCAAGAUAAAAUUCAUCGCCAGCGCCUGGCAGCAAAAGAGGGCCUCCUGCUCUGCUAGAGUCAGGAGGCAUGUCUGGCCUCAGAUUGCUGCACUGCUGUUCCUUGGACUUGAUGCUGGGAUGCUUCUUACAAAGCUGUGUCAGCAUUUCGAGGAAGAUGUAAAUUAUGAGUCACCUUUUCCUAUGGAAAUAUGACUGAGUUGUAGUACACUUUGUCUGCUUAAUCAGAGUGGUGUGCUGUGGAGUGCUUAUAGCAAUCCCACUGAAUUGGAAAGAGGAAACAAGAUUUGUUUGUAAAGACUGUUUUUUAGGAAAAAUAAAUGUGAGGGUGGAAAGAGUUGCUUUUAAAGAAGGUGUAUUUGUAUUUUCACCUGUGGGUGUGGGGAAUCUGUCUCCUCAUCUUCCCUCUCAGGCUGUUUCCCUUCUGAGCACAGUCUCCAGGGGCUUUGUCCAACUUCUGUUGCAGUUGGUGGGAUUGUUUCCCUUCAGUUCCUUGGAAACAAGAUGGACCCUUGGGAAGUGAAGAUAAGUAAUUCUGUAAGCUGAUAUUGUUCCCCUUAUACUAGGGGAACUUCUGAUUAGAAAAUCUGAGAAAACAAGCUGGAAAAGGACCUUUCCUUUUUUGCCUUGUUUUUUGAACUGCUUGGCAUUAUAAAGCACAAAGAUGUAUGCUGGCUGUCAUAGGAAUCCCUUGCCAAUUA